AUGCUCGGCGAGCACGGCAUACUCCUUUCUACAGGAGGAACUGGCAACAAGAAUGCAAUCCCAUUUCACAAAGAACUUAUAUAUCUGGAAGUAAAUUGGGUAAAAGGUACCAAAGCUACCAAGGCGACAAAAUUCGGCUACAAAACCUGGACCGGCGAGCCCCAAUCAUUUUCUGCGUCUCAUGAUGGGCUGUUUGCGAUGUUCCUCCAAUCUGAAGACUCUGGAGCAUGCUUCUCCCACGACUCAUUGUUCAUCGUGUCACUUGUCAACCCUGAACAUUCACAAAUUGUUCAUCUCUUUCAAGCUCAAAAGGAAGGGGAUUGCAGUCCCUGGAACCCACGGAUACUCUCAACAUUAUGGAGCUCACAAAGUUCCUCAACUCUCUACGCUAUCGUGGAUGAAAAAGGCGCCAUGUCCGUUUGGAAGAUCACCUUGUCUCAGAAUCACGGAUCCAUGGAUUGGAAGGGGCUGUGUCUGCCCGUCGUGAGCAAUGGCUGCACAUCAUCCAUCUUCCCACUGACGGGACCAGAAGGCGAGGAACGAAUCUUGGUAGCUCGCUCAACAUUCAAGAGGACGGGUAUUCUUGAGGUCGCCACAUUGGGGCCAGACGGUCAAAUCCAUGUUCAAUCAAUCACUGAGCACAGUGUCCCAUCAUCUUCAGCGACCCACGAGGAAAUCAUCUUUCAGGGCGCCGUGACCACCGUAUCAGCUUUCGUGCACAAACCUGGAAACUUUGACCCCAAGAAAAAGUACCCGCUCAUCGUCAUACUUCAUGGGGGUCCCAAUGAUGCUUGGAGAGACUGCUGGCCAAAAGUAUGGAACCCGUUACUCUGGACCGACCAAGGAUACAUGGUCAUCACGCCAAACAUUAGCGGAUCAACGGGAUACGGAUUACCAUUUGCGUGUUCCAUCUACCAGAACUGGGGCAAUGCAACGCUGAAAGAUGUCGAGUGUCUCUUCUCUUACAUGGAAACAUGCAUGCCGUUUGUCGACUUGUCUCGCGUCGUUGGAGCUGGCUACAGCUUUGGUGGAUACAUGAUGAACUGGAUUGCAGGACACGCGGUAUCCGCUCGCUUCUGCGCACUGAUUGUGCACGCAGGCGUGUACUCUAUCCGGAACCUAAUGGGCGGAGACCUGCCCAUCAUCUUCAAGGCAGAUUUCGGGUGCUUCCCCUGGGAAGACGCCGAACAGUGGGAGAAGUGGGAUCCAUCUCGGUUGUGCCAGCAUUGGAAAACGCCAAUGAUGUUCUCGCAUGGAGAUGUCGACUAUCGCGUCCCAAUCACUGAAAGCCUUGCAGCGUACAAUACGUGCCAUAUUAGAGGCGUGCCUUGUCAGUUUUUGGUAUUUCCGAACGAGGGCCACACGAUAUCACGGCCGGAAAAUCUCGCUCAGUUUCAGAAGGCCAUGGUGGAUUGGGCGAAACAAUGGAUGGAAGGAGGAAGAAAAAUUGAAUGA